CCAGAGUACGAGCCGCCCACGUUUCCCCUCAAUCCAGAAGCUCAGCGCUCCAUUGCCAAUCUGCUCCGAAAGCAUGAUGUUCACAAGCUAGAAGAUGUGAUCGUUCAGGUACAGAGCGAGCUGACGACUACUGGCGCAUCACUCUACGAUAAGCUGUACGAGCAUGAGGAUCAGUUAAAGAGGCGGCAGAGAAAGCAAACCGAAGCCACACAAACAGAGAAGUUUACCGCGUUUGAGCAGCAGGUCAAGGAGAUGCGUGAGAAAGUCGAGGGCAUGGCAGGGCGCAUGGAGAAGGAGAUGCGUGCCCUCGUUGAUUGCAGUGUGAGCGCCAAAGCUAUGCGGGAUGCUGUGGUCGCAGCAGAGGCAGAUGCCAAAGCCAACGCAAGUACGCAGGCGAGCACGCAACACACACAGACACAACGCCCGCGGAGACGUGAGAACAACAACGAAGAGGAAGAGGAAAACGACGGCGGGGAAGAAGACGAGGAGAUUCCGUGGAACCCGACCGAUCCAGCCGGAGCGUCACAGCGAGCACCCAGGGAUGUCUUCGAUACGCAUGUCCGAAACGCUCGGGACAGACACCAAGCCCAAUCGCAAUACGAACGAUACGCAGAGACUGACGCAUACGUGAAAUGGAAAAAGCUCAUACACGAUGCUCAGACCGGAGGCGACGAAGAUAACCCGUUACCAGACCCCAGUGAAUGGUUCGUAGAAGCUGGCGCGCCUCCGCCUGGCACGCAGCGAAAUAACAAUGCGGACGAGCUGGAUGAUGAUAUUUCUCUUAUACGCACAAAGAUCAGCAUCAAGUGUCCCUUGACUCUGCAAGAGUUCAAGGAUCCUCUGUCCUCGACUAAAUGCCGCCACCAUUUCGAGUCCCAUGCUAUACUACAACUUAUUAACGCGUCGACCACGAGGCCUAAGGCCACACAGUGCCCUGUUUCUGGGUGCAAUUGCUUGCUUGAGAAAGGUGAUCUCCAUCGCGAUGAGCUGCUGAUACGCCAAGUUCGGCGCAUUCAGCGAGCCAACCGCCUGCGAGAGGAGCGCGGUGAUGACAGUGACAGUGACAUGGAGAAUGGUGCACAGCGUAGGGGGCACGUCAUUGACGAUGAUGACGAUGAUGGUGUGAACAUUGAUGAAAUGAACGAGGAUAAUACGCAGAGGGCACAGGCACAACAAGUCAAGCCAGAGCCGGAAGCUACGGGCUCUACCCCACAGCGCGAGCCCACACAACCUCCUGGUGGGACUCAAGUUAUAGAUCUGGAUAGUGAUGACGAGGACGAGGACGAGGACGAGGACGAG